AUGUCGGGCCAUGGAAAGGGAGUCAAGGGCUUGGACAAGGGCGGCGCCAAGCGCCACCGCAAUGUCCUGCGCGACAACAUCCAGGGCAUCACCAAGCCGGCGAUCCGGAGGCUCGCUCGGAGGGGCGGCGUCAAGCGCAUCUCCGGCCUCAUCUACAAGGAGACCCGCGGCAUGCUCAAGAUCUUCCUCGAGAACUACAUCCGCGACGCCGUCACCUACACCAAGAACGCCCGCCGCAAGACCGUCACCGCCAUGGACGUCGUCUAUGCGCUCAAGCGCCAAGUACGCACCCUCUACGGUUUCGGAGGCUGA